AUGGUCUUGGUAUUCUACGAUAUUCUCGACGGUAGUUCUGCUCUGGCUUCCGAUAUCGUCUUGGACAAUGUAACCAGAUAUCAUAUGCAAGAGAAGAAGGUAAGGUGUGCUAGUUGGUUAUCUGUGCACACUGCACUUUAA